AUGGGGAAUAGUUGUUGUAAUCAUCGUGAAAUGAAUCAAUCAUAGUUAUAAAAACAUACUCAGAUAUUAACUCCAGUGAUGAAAUCUAUUGAUAAUUGGGAUUCUUUUUAGGAUGAUGAUGACAUUAUUUUACCGAUGCAAAAAUAUACAACUUUAAGUGCAGUUUCAAAAACAGAACUUGAUUUUACAUAAGUUACACAUCAAACAAAGAUGAAGAAGACUAUCCAAUUACCAGCAGCUAGGAAAUCAGUAAAAAUAAGUUAUGAUAAUUUUAUUACAAUGAAACAAGGAGAAUGGAAUGAAUAAUAUAGCAUAUUGAAAAAAUUAGGUUAGGGAAGUUAUGGAUGUGUAUGGUUGGGUAAACAUAAUAAAACUGGAAUAUUGAGAGCACUUAAAUAAAUAAAAAAAGAUUCCUUAUUAUUUGAAGAUUAACAAAGAAUGUUAUCAGAGUUGAAUAUCCUUAAAUCUUUAGAUCAUCCAAAUAUUGUACGUGUAUUUGAAUGUUUUUAAGAAGAUGAAUAAUAUAUAGUUGUAACAGAGUAUAUUUAUAAAAUAUUUAAGAUAUCUUCCAGGAGGGGAAUUAUUCGAAAGAAUAAAGAAACUCUAAAUUUUUAGUGAAAGAAUGGCAGCAGAUUAUAUAAAAUAAAUUUUAUAAGCAGUUAGUUAUUGUCAUGAAAAAUAGAUAGUUCAUAGGUAUUGAUAUCAAUUUAAAUUUAAUUAGAGAUUUGAAACCAGAAAACAUUUUAUUAAGUGGAUAAGGUGAGGAAAUUAAAGUAAUUGAUUUUGGAACUUCUCGUUAUUUUACUCAAAACUUUGAUAUGAAAAAAAGAUUAGGAACUCCUUAUUAUAUAGCUCCUGAAGUUUUAAAUUAAAAAUAUAAUGAAAAAGUAGAUAUUUGGUCAUGUGGAGUGAUUCUGUAUAUAUUUUUAUGUGGGUAUCCUCCAUUUGCAGGAAGAACAGAUAAAGAAACCUUAGCUAAAGUAUAAGCUGGAAAGUUGAUAUUUGAUAGAAAUGAUUGGUCUACUGUAUCAAGUGAUGCUAUGGACUUAAUAAGCAAAAUGUUAAAUUUAGAUGUUUCUAAAAGAUAUUCAGCUUAAUAAGCAUUAAAUCAUUGUUGGAUAUUAAAAAAUGCCAAAUAAGAAAUAAUUUCUUUAUAAUUACUUAGCAAUAUAGAAAAAUUUUAGGUUUAAAGCUAUUUUUAUAUUAGGUUUAAAGUAACUUUAAGAAAGCAGUAAUGACUUAUAUGGUGAGUUAGACUUUACAAAGUCAAGAGAUUAGUGAACUUAAAGCUACAUUUAAUGCAUUAGAUAAAAAUCAUGAUGGGAACUUAAGUAAAUAAGAAUUAGUAGCUGGAUACAGAGUAUUAUUAAGGAGUAAAGAAUAAGCUGAAGAAAAAGUGAAUUAAAUUUUAGAUACUUUAGAUUUAAAUCAUUCAAAUCUAAUUGAUUAUUCAGAGUUUAUCAUGGGAGCAAUGAGAGUUGAAAAAUUAGUUUCAAUAGAAAGAAUUAGAUAAGCAUUUAGAAUGCUUGAUAUUGUAAUAUUUCUAAAUAAUUUUAGAAUGGAGAUGGUUUUAUAUCAAAGGAAGAAUUAGAAGAAGCUAUGGGAUUUUUAGAACCUGAAAUAUGGGAAUAAUUUUUAAAUGAUUGUGAUUUAAAUAAAGAUGGAAAAAUAUCAGAAGACGAAUUUAGUAAAAUUCUAACUACUAUAUGA